AUGCCUGGAUACGAUUGUCUGGCGGGGUUCAUGUCCUCUCGACAGGAUACAGGCAUCUUCAGAAGAUUCUCCCACCUGAACACAGAAAGUUUGCUACACAUGCAGGCCGAGUUGUUGGGGCUCGAACUGACGCUUGAGGAAAUGCGCCGUCAUCCAGACAGCGGCGGGUUCAACAUUUCGUGGCUAGGAGUGCCAUACAGUGACGCAAAUGCUGUCAUUGCGAAUGUGUUUGAGCGCGUACGUGUGCUGCUCGACCAGUAUCACAGGACUUUGCUGCAGACAGCCCAGGUCAAUGAGCUAGACGCAGUAGCGGACGACAGCUUCGAGCUGCUGCAACGAUGGCAUGACAAGGAUGAAGAAUCAUUUCUGGAGGGCAUUGAAGCCGGUGUGAUCCGAGAUACGAGAUUCAGGGACGACCUGAUCAGCGUUAAUCGGAGGCCGGGGAGAGACGAUACUAUUGCUGUCUUCAUCGCCGACCGAGUGUUGCCGAUUUAUGAUCGGCUGGUGGGACAUCGGCUGCAUGCAGGUUCGGUGGAGGGGAUUGCAGAUGCGCGUGAAUAUCACAUGAAAGCACUGAUGCUGGCUGCUAACGUGCUGUGCAUGGUCCUAUCAGCGGUGAUGCCAGCGUUAAGCAUCUUGGUGCUCUUCAACGUCAAGUCGACCUUUUCCCGGCUGGUGGCCGUAGUCCUCUUGAGCUUGGCAUUUUCUAUUGUCAUGACAGUCGUGGCUCAAAAAAAGGCGGACAUAUUCAUGGCAACGACCGCUUUUGCAGCAGUGCUGGUGGUAUUUGUGGGGAGUGCGAAUGAUGUUGAAUGA